AUGGACUGUCCCAAGCAAUACUUAUUCCCGCCCUUUCGUCUGAAUCUCUGCUUUCUUUUCUCCUUUCUCCUCUCUCCACUGCCACUGGCUAUUUUCAUUUGCACUGCAAUUGAUUAUCACGUUCACGAUGAACUCCUCUUUUCCUCCCGUUUUUCCUCCCCCCGUCUCUCUUCCUCCCCCCGUUGUUCCUCCCCUCUUCUCUCUCCCUCCCCCCUUCUCUCUUCCUCCCUCCGUCUCUCUUCCGCCCGCCGCCUCUCUUCCUCCCGUUUUUCCUCCGCCCGUCUCUCUUCCUCCCCCUCUUCUUUCGUCCGCCCCCCUCCCCUGAAGUCUUGUCUGAUCCGCGUGGAUGAGGACCUGGAGGAGCUCCCAUCUGACGAGCCCUUCGUCCGGAAGUCUGUGCACUUCCCGAAUGAUGCGGACCUCGAGCAGGUGAGACUCAUUCCAGCCAGGGAUGUCUCUCCACCUUGUUCGAGUGAGGUCACCUCGCUCGACAAGGCGGAGGCUGAAGACAUCGGCGCAUUCGACAUGAGUGCGCUCCUGGAAGUCUUGUCAGAACUCGAUGGAUCGACCGAUACGCCGCCCCCAACGCCCGUCCACAAGCCCUUGGAAGUGCCAGUCACAUUCAAUCCUCCACCAGAGGAUGGAGGUUCACGCGUGGUCGUCCAGACACGCGGCCAGGUUGGGCCACAGGCCCACUCCUGGAUCAACCACCUCUGCUGGGGGUUGUUUGUACUGGCAUUCAUCGUACCAAGGCUUGCGCCAGCCUUGCUCGCCGGACUCGCGUUCCUCUUUAUUGUUGGGGCAUGUACCAGAUCCUGA